AUAUUAUUAUUAGUGUUAAUCAACUAAUAACUAAGUUAGUAGAAAAAAAUAACAACAACCAUGAAAUUAUUUUUGAUGAUUUUGGGCCUUGUCCUUUUCGUACAAGUGUUGGAUGCUAGAAGCGUUCCAAUUGACGAUGAAUUAUAUGACGGCAAUUCUGAGGACGUAUAUGUUCAUAAAUUUCAACCAGUUGAAGAAAAAGAGGACGACGAAAAUGAAAUAGACUCGGAUGAUGUCGAUAUAGUUGAUAAUGACACAGAGGUUGAAAACGAGGAUAACGAUACAGCAAACGAAGACGAAGACGAAGACGAAGACGAAGACGAAUAUGACGGAGACGAAGAAGAUUAUGAAGAAGAUAACGAUGACGAAGAAGAAGUAGAUGAAAAACCCAGUCAUGGACUUAGCGAUGUCCAAGUUAAAUCCAUUUGCAAAAAAUAUAGAAAUGGAGAAAUUAACGUCGAUAAACCCAAAACUAAAAAAUUCUUAAUGGAUUUAUGUAAAACAGAGGAAGAAGAUACGUGCCAAUACAGAUAUGGUAAAUGGUGUUUGGAUGGAUAUAUUAAAGGUAUUCGUAGAAUGGUCUCUAAAAUUCACGAACGUAUGGGACAAAACGGAGGACAAUCUGGUUUUAACUUUGGCAAAAGAGGUGGUUGUAAAAGAAAACAUGGUAAACACGGAAAGCACGGCAAACACAGAAAGCAUGGAAAACACGGAAGACAUGGAAAGCACGGAAAGCACGGAAAGCACGGAGAGCCCGAUCAACAAUAUAGACAAGGAAAAUAUCAAAGUAGAUGGAGACUUUCAAAUUCUAACGACUGGAACAGCCAUAAGAAAUGGUAUAUGUAGAACAUUUCUGAUCAUGGAAUAUAGCUGAACUUCUAACAAGGAAAACUUGAAUAGUGAUGAAAUUAUAUAAUAUUGAAAUAUUAGUAUAUCAGCAUAAAAUACACAUGUUUGUUUUGUGAAAUUUACUAUUCUUUUUAUUUCUAUUAUUAUUGUUAUUAUUAUUACAAUUCACAAAAGAAUAAAACUUCAAAUAUUCAAA